UGUGCCUAUGCGUACUCCUGCAUUCUCAAAUACUCGGGUUCCACUCCCUUCACAACGAGUAGCGAAGACGAGAGAGAUGAGCCCCUACAGCAAGUACAAGAAGCUCAAGAAAACGCUAAAAGAUGCCAAGGCCCUCAAGAAGAUAAUGGAUGAAUCCGUAGGAUCCACUUCGAGCCCUGAGAAAAAAAAGGUGAAAAAGAAGAUCAAGAAGUUGUCCACGAAGACCAAGUCCAUGAAUCUCGACGGCCACGCGGGUUCGUCCAGCUGGCGCAUCCAUGACUCCGGAGGGGAGUCGAGCGACCCGUGCUCUAGCCAGAGCUCCGACUCGGAGUGGGGAGGUUCUGACUGGGGGUCCGACUCUGAUUCCAGUUCCGAUGGAUGUUGUUCGGAUGGCGGGGGUCCCGACUAUGGUUGAGGAUCGGACUAUUAGGGUCAGUUAGAGUAUACGCAAGCCUAUACAUGGAGCCCUUUACCCUGGGUGAGCGUGUCUGUGUGUGCUUCCCGAAUCUCAAUCUCCUUUUCUUGAAAUAUGAGAGCAUAGAUAAUGAUGUGCCAGUGGAGUUCAGGAGCUCGGCCAACUGCGUUUGCGAUGACGAGAGGGGAGGAAAAAUGUAAUCAAUUAAACCGAGCAAAAAAUAUGGUGGUUCACUGGCGAGGUGGUGUGUUCCCGUAUUGGACCACCGUUUGUGCCAAUGGCCUCUGCAAUCGUCAGCGCUCGGUCUCUCCAAUGAUGAGAUUUACGGCAUGUCAGAAGUUACGAUAACGUAGCGAGCGCUCUCGAGUAAGUUCUGCCACGUGCAAAACGUCCACUUGACCUUGGAUUAUUUUGCAUGCGGAGGAUAAAGGCAGCAGAAGCCUCCGUCGAGGGAGGUGUUUAGUUUUUUCGCUAAUCGAUUGGGUGGCCCGGUGUGGGUUAGGAGAUAUUCAGGUUGUUAGCGGCUACAAGAGUCCGAGUAAAUAGUACCGGUCUUCCAACAUAAAACACAAGGUUGAGAAAAGGGUGUGGCUUGCCAUCGGGGUGGUACCAACGUGGGGUCUGUCCCCGCUUCUUUUCUUCCGUGAGGCCAGUGUCGUUGGAGCAUUAUCCUUAGUGAAUGUGGCCCCAGCCGCUAUCGCGGACUGUCGUAGCUGUGUUUCAUCGAAGAAGGCUCAGCCUCAAGCAGCAAGUACCGUAGGGGCCAUUGAAAACGACUUAUGCGAAUAUACAUGCCAUCUCGAGCGCCCAACGAUUCCCCAUGUCGUCUCCGCUCUUCGCUGCGACAACCACCAUAGGAUGUGCCCUCUAUCAGAAA